AUGGGCAAACGUAAGGCCUCCAAGGAUACUGACACCAGAGAUGUGGAAAUUGGUAAUGGGGGAGAGGAGAACACCAACUCCGAUUCAAGCUCCGACUCGGAGGAAAUUGACAUUGUGAAUGUCGACUUCGAGAUGUUUGAUCCGCAGCCUGACCAUGACUUCCAUGGCCUGAAGACACUUCUUCGACAGCUUUUUGAUGCUGAUAAUACCCUCUUCGACUUAUCCGCAUUGACAGACCUGAUUCUUUCGCAGCCACUAUUGGGAACUACUGUCAAGGUGGAUGGAAACGAAAGUGACCCCUACGCAUUCCUUACUGUUGUAAACCUACAAGAGCACAAGGAUAAGCCAGUGGUCCAGGAUCUCAUUAAAUAUAUUCUCGCAAGAUCGCAAUCAUCUCCAAAUCUAAACAAGAAGCUCAACGAGCUCCUCUCUAGUUCCGCUUCCUCCCACACGGGUUUAAUACUUACCGAGCGAUUGAUCAAUGUCCCUACCGAGAUCGUACCACCAAUGUACAAGAUGCUCUUAGAAGAAAUCAAUUGGGCAAUCGAAGAAAACGAACCAUAUAAUUUUAGUAACUUCCUAAUCAUAUCAAAAACUUAUACCGAAAUCCCCUCCAAAAUAGACGCUCUAGAAUCUCGUCCACAGAAGAAAGGCAAGAAGGGAUCUUCAAAAUCCAAAAACGAGCUCUUUUAUUUCCACCCCGAAGACGAGACAAUUCAACGCAGUGGCGAGCAUGCUAGUUACAAAUAUGUAAAGGAAGGGGGUACUGGAACAGCGGAUUCCAAGAGGGCGUUUUCGGAUUUUGGGAUCAUGCCACAGGGACAUAUAAUAUUAGUCGGCAAAGACGAGUUGCCGAAGAUUGUGGAAGGUUUGGAGAAGCUUUUUAGCCCUGGUGCCUGAGCGCGGGGUGAUGUGUAUAGUACACCACUGUAUCAGAAACAGAUUCUGUCAGAAUCCAAGGAGGGUGCUGGAAGUGG